UGUGGCACCCAAAGGAGAGGACGAGAGGUGAUGCGCGAAAGGGUGAAGAGAGGCAGGCAGGCAGGUGACAAUGGAAGGGUACGAGAUGGGAGAUAUGGAAUAUAAGGAUGAAGGGUAUCAAGAGGUAAGGAUAGGAGCAAGAUGAGAUGGGAAGAUUGACCCAAGAUACAGUGAGAACGACGUGCAGGAGAGGAAGGGAAGAAGAGAGAGAGAGAGAGAUGGAUGGAAGGAGGAUAAACGGAGGAAGGAGAAGAUGCGCAGCCGAAACGAAGAAGCGAACCACGGGAUCACCGGCUAAGAUGUGGAGGAGAAGAAGCGGAGGGAAGGAAAGCAAGAAGGGAGAAAAGUGUGGGAGGAAAGCGAGGAACCAAACGAAACACGCGAAAGAAGCAGAAAAGGAAGGAGAAGAAGAAGCAGCAGAAGCUGACGGAUGCGGACGAGAGAGCGAGAAGUCAGUGUGAUCGGAGCUUCUUUGGAUGCGCCUUGCGAUCCUCCAUUCAUCAUUGCGGAGAGCAGGAUUUGCCAUUGGCCAGACCCGUGUAUUUACCGUGCCAUACGCUUGUGUCGCCUGCCAU